AUGGUGUCUACGUCUCUGGUCCACUUGGUUUCUAGUGUCCUCCUCUUCCUCUUGAGUGGCACAGUCGCGUUUGACAAUUCGCGAUUUGAUAAUGUCGCGGUAUACUGGGGUCAAAACUCCUACGGUGCAGUCCACGGGACCGAUACUGCCAAUUUCCAGAAGAGGGUAUCGGCCUAUUGUCAAGACAACUCGAUCGACGUGAUUCCCAUCGCCUUCGUCAAUGUCUUUUUCGGACCCGGUGGUCUCCCGUCAAUGAAUUUGGCCAAUACAUGCAAUCCAACAGAUAACGCCACUUUCCCAGGAACUAAUCUUCCAAACUGCGCUUCCCUUGCUUCCGAUAUCAAGACUUGCCAAUCCAAAGGAAAGAUUCUUACUCUGAGUCUUGGAGGCGCCACAGGAUCCGUAGGCUUCCAAUCUGAUGACCAGGCAAAUUCGUUCGCACAGACGGUAUGGGACUUGUUCUUGGGUGGAAGUUCUUCCACUAGGCCUUUUGGAGAUGCCGUUCUCGAUGGUGUCGAUUUGGACAUUGAAGGUGGAGGGUCGGACCACUAUGUUACGUUUGUGAAUCGUAUUAGGUCGCUUGCUGGGUCAGCAGGGAAGAAUGCGUUGGGAGGUGUAUUAAACACUGCAGUGUUCGAUGCGAUUUAUGUUCAAUUCUACAACAACCCAUGCGGUUUAACGCACUUCACCGAACCAAACGGAUGGGACUUUGGCAUUUGGGACCAAUGGGCACGCACAGUUUCGCCCAACAAGAACGUCAAAGUAUACAUCGGUGCCCCUGCUUCACCCACUGCAGCAGGCUCAGGUUAUGUCGACCCAGGGACCAUCAGCUCCAUCGCUAUUCAAAUGCGGAAAUCCUUCCCAUCCUUCGGGGGCGUGAUGCUCUGGGAUGCUUCUCAAGCAGUGAACAACAACAACUACCAUACGGCUAUCAAGAACGCAUUGGUAGCUGCUGGAGGUACAGGAUUCGUGUUCCCAACGUGUUCUGGAACGCCAGCUUGGGUUUCGGGGAUGAAUUAUCCGGGAACUUCGAAGGUUGCGUUUGGAGGGUAUAUUUGGGAGAGUAAGUUCUUUACGAAUACGCAGCCGAGCGCGGCUGCCCCGAAUACGAAUUCGGAUUGGACUGCUCUGAGUGCGUGUUCAGGAAGUGGUAGUAGUGGCGGGGGCGGAGGCACUGGAGGAGGGGGAUGUUCAGGUGUUUCGGAUUGGGCGAGUGGCCAAGUGUACGUGGGUGGUCAACAGGCCAUUUUCAAGCAAGUCCUUUUCGCUCUAUCUCUAGUAGUGAAACUCCCUACUGACUCCUUGUAG